AUGAGUCUGCCAGGCCGCGUCUCCUGCUCCAUGCUCAACUGCUUUGGUGAGGAAGGCCCUCCCAGUCUGGAGUAUAUCCAGGCCAAGGACUUGUUUCCCCCAAAAGAGCUUGUAAAGGAGGAAGAGUCAUUGCAGGUCCCAUUCACUGUGUUGCAGGGUGAGGGAGUGGAGUAUCUUGGCCACGCAAACGAUGCUGUGAUCGCCAUCUCCAACUACCGGCUCCAUAUCAAAUUCAAGGAUUCUGUGAUCAAUGUGCCUUUGAGGAUGAUGGAAAGUGUGGAGUGUCGGGAUAUGUUCCAGCUUCACAUUGUCUGCAAGGACUCCAAAGUGAUCAGGUGCCAUUUUUCCACCUUUAAGCAGUGCCAGGAGUGGCUAAAGAGGCUGACUCGAGCCAUCGCUCGCCCUGCUAAGCCUGAGGACCUCUUUGCAUUUGCCUACCAUGCAUGGUGCUUAGGAGUCUGUAUUGAUGAGGAGGAUCAACAUGCACAUCUCUGCCGUCCAGGAGACCAUGUGAGAUACCGAUUUCAGAUGGAGCUGGUGAGGAUGGGCUUUGACUUGCAGAACGUCUGGCGCGUCUCUGACAUCAACAACAAUUACAAGCUUUGUUCCAGUUAUCCCCAGAAGCUGCUGGUCCCUGUCUGGAUCACUGAUAAGGAGCUAGAGAACGUGGCUUCAUUUAGAUCAUGGAAAAGGAUCCCCGUGGUGGUGUAUAGGCACGUGCGCAACGGGGCAGUGAUUGCACGCUGCAGCCAGCCUGAAAUCAGCUGGUGGGGCUGGCGAAAUGCCGACGAUGAGUAUCUCGUGACAUCUAUUGCCAAAGCCUGUGCCUUGAAUCCUGGAGUAAAGGUGUCCGGUGGCGUGCUGCACAGCGGGAGCAGCGAUGGCAGCGAGGCGUGCGAUGCUGACUUCGACUCAUCUCUGACCGCGUGUUCAGGCGUGGAGAACGCAGGAGCUCCUCAGAAGCUGCUGAUUCUCGAUGCCAGGUCCUACACCGCAGCUGUGGCCAACAGAGCAAAGGGAGGCGGCUGCGAAUGUGAAGAGUAUUACCCAAACUGCGAAGUUGUGUUCAUGGGCAUGGCCAACAUCCACUCCAUCCGGAACAGCUUCCAGUAUCUGCGUGCUGUCUGCAGCCAGGUGCCAGACCCCAGCAACUGGCUUUCAGCCCUGGAGAGUACCAAGUGGCUGCAGCACCUUUCUGUCAUGCUGAAGGCAGCGGUGCUGGUCUCCAGUGCAGUUGACAGAGAAGGGCGUCCAGUGUUGGUUCAUUGCUCGGAUGGCUGGGACAGAACUCCGCAGAUUGUAGCGCUGGCAAAGAUUCUUCUGGAUCCUUACUACAGGACCAUGGAGGGCUUCCAGGUGCUGGUUGAAUCAGACUGGCUGGAUUUUGGUCACAAGUUCGGUGACCGCUGUGGUCACCAGGAGAAGGUGGAAGAUCAGAACGAGCAGUGCCCAGUUUUUCUCCAGUGGCUGGAUGCUGUUCAUCAGCUUCUGAAGCAGUUUCCUUGCCUCUUUGAAUUUAACGAAGCUUUUUUGGUGAAGCUGGUGCAGCACACGUAUUCCUGCCUCUAUGGGACCUUCCUUGGGAACAGCCCCUGUGAGCGAGAGAUGCACAACAUCUACAAGCGUACCUGCUCCGUGUGGUCCCUGCUGCGGGCUGGCAAUAAGAACUUCCACAACCUUCUCUACAUGCCAGGGUCUGAGCAGGUGCUGCAUCCGGUGUGCCACGUGCGAGCGCUGCACCUCUGGACAGCAGUGUAUCUCCCAGCUUCCUCACCGCACCCUCUGGGACAGGAGGAUAUGGACAUUUACCUGCCCCCUGGAUCCCAGAGCCAGGAUUUCAGUGGCAGAUGUUUGGACAGAUUACCAAAGACAAGAUCUAUGGAUGAUCUGCUCUCAGCCUGUGACUCCAGCAGCCCGCUGACCCGCACGUCAAGUGAUCCAAACCUCAACAACCACUGUCAGGAAGUGCGGGCAGGCCUGGAAGCCCGGCAUGCCACCACUGAGGGGGUCGAGCUGCAUGUAGGCGAAGGCAGCAUGGUGGCUGCAGGAGAGACACGGCAGGCGGAGGAGCGAGAGGAACAUGCUCCCCUGCAAACCAACUCCGCUGAGCAUGAAGGGCAUAGCAAGCAACUGAGCAGCCAGGUUUCUGUGCCAGCCAGCAGCGUCUCUCUGGAGCCAGUAAUGGGAAACAAAAUGUAUGCGGAGGAACUGGAUGGUACAUGUCCAGCUCCAAAUCCUUCUGGACAGGAAAAUGUUGACAGGGUUUCCACCAGUUCUGGAAAGCAGUUAGAAAGUGGUCCCCAGGAACCUUUGAAGGCUGCUGGCGUGGUGUCCAGUGCAGGAGGCUGCCCCAAGAGAAACACCACCUGCCAAGACAUUCCCAGCCAGGAGUCCCUGACACCAAAUGCCCCUUGUCAAGACAUCCCAGGCCCUGCCCCGGGCAUCCCCUGUCCAGGUGAAGACUUCAGCAAAGGUGAUGCUGGAAGGAGUGUGCCCUGCGAGGAGCCUGGCCGGCUGGGGAGAGUCCCACUAGAGCAAUGGCGAAAGCCAAUUUCCCAGAGCCAAAGCAGCGAGUUCUCCUUCCUGGGGUCCAACUGGGACAGUUUUCAAGGAAUGGUGACAUCACUCCCUAGUGGGGAGCCUGCACCCAGACACCUCCUCUCCUAUGGCUGCUGUAGCAAGAGGUUAAGCAGCAAACCCCUGCGGGCACCAGGCCUGUGCCUCAGUGGCCAGUGGGCUGCCAGAGAAGGUGCCAAACCCUCACUCUGCUCUGGCCACAUCAGCACACAUUUUACAGGCCUUGCAGGGAAGCCCAGUCGUUCGUGGCUACCCUGCCACCUAAAGCAAGCAUCUGGUCCCAAGCACAUGCCACCAAAAUGUCCUUCUCCUGUGCCUCCUCUCUACCUGGACGAUGACGGGCUCCCCUUCCCCACGGAUGUGAUUCAGCACAGGCUGCGGCAGAUUGAGGCCAGCUACAAGCAGGAGGUGGAGCAGCUGCGCAGGCAGGUGCGGGAGCUGCAGCUGCGCCUGGACAUCCGCCACUUCUGCGCCCCUCCGGCCGAGCCACCGAUGGACUACGAGGAUGACUUUACGUGUCUGAAGGAAUCGGACGGCAGCGACACUGAGGAUUUCUGCUCUGAUCAUAGUGAAGACUGUUUGUCAGAAGCGAGCUGGGAGCCUGUUGGAGACUGAGGUACGUGCCCUGUCACGCGGUGGGUUCCGGACCACAUGGCCUCGCAUUGUUUUAGCUGCGAUUGUGAAUUCUGGCUGGCCAAACGGAGGCAUCACUGCAGGAACUGUGGGAAUGUGUUUUGUGCCGGUUGCUGCUACCUGAAGUUGCCCAUCCCUGAUCAGCAGUGGUAUGACCCUGUCCUCGUCUGUAACUCCUGUUAUGACCUCAUCCAAGUGUCUCGUGCCAGGGAGCUCAUGAGCCAACAGCUGAAGAAACCCAUCGCCACAGCUUCCAGCUGAAUGCCAGACAAGGGACCUGUUGAAGCCCAGCCUUUUCUCUCAUGGGUCUGAGGGGUGACUCUGCCUCCACAGUAAUUGUGAAGGCCUUUGGUGCAACACUUGAACACCAAGCUUGAAUGCACUGUCUUCAGCAGUCGCACUGUCAGUCUGGAGCAGAGGAGCUCAGAUUAGAGCAUGGUGUGUGUGUCCCCACUUGGGUACCCGUGGGCCAGUACUUUGUAGUCUGACGACCUAGGGCUAAAGAGAGGAUUGCAACCUGUUUCUUUUGUGAGCUGGAAAGCGAUGUUUUCACAGCUAUUGCCUGGGCAAAGUACCCCCGAAGCAAUAGAAAGGCAUGUUUAGAACCAGCUCCCCCUGCAAAGGCAGGCUGCUAUACGAGGAGGAAGAGGGCAGGCUCCAGGUGGUACCACGUGCUUUGGAAGGGCCUCAGCCUGGAGCUGUGCUGUUCAUUCUCUUUCCAUGAGUGUGAUUUGCGAUCAGCUUGGUGAACAAGACUCAUUAGCCAUCACUAAUUGAUCUUCUCUUGAGCGUCGAAGAGAAAUGAAUUCUGGCUGAAAACGGGCCGAGCAGGUUUUGCCCAUUUCCACGCUCCGCUAGGACUGGUGAAUGCACUUGACUUUUCCCCUGCCUCCCAACACUGCAGGGAGAUG